UCCAUCAAAUAAGCAAUGGAUUCUUCACAUCAUCUUCAUUUGCUCCCUGUCUUUGCAGGUUUCAUGUCAUCAGGGUCACUGCAGCAUUAUGACUCACUCGUGUCAAUGCGUGGCAAUCUGCAUUCCUGCCGGCUGUGCCCCUAUGUGACCGCAAUAAAGUCAAGGAUGCAAGCACAUCUGCGCAUACAUACUGGCGAGCGCCCCUUCAAGUGCCACUUCUGCCCUGAGGCAUUCACUUGUCUUUCUAGCUUAAAGCGACAUGAACGCACACACACUGGCGAGCGCCCCUACAAGUGCCACCUCUGCCCUGAGGCAUUCAUUGAUGGUACCAGCUUCAAACGGCAUGUCUGCACCCACACAGGCGAGCGCCCAUUCAAGUGUCGCUUUUGCCCGAGCACAUUCUAUGACAGUUCCACCCUGAACCAGCAUGUCCACACCCACUCAGGCGAGCGCCCUUUCAAGUGCCGCUUCUGCCCAGGCAAAUUUGCUCACCGUACCACCCUGAACCGGCAUGUCCGCACCCACACAGGCGAGCGCCCAUUCAAGUGUUCCUACUGCCCGAGCGCAUUCUGCGACAGUUCCACCCUGAAGCAGCAUGUGCGCACGCAUACAAAAGAGUGCCCCUACCAGUGCCACCUGUGCCCACAAGCAUUCACUCAGAAGUCCAAUCUGACACGCCAUGUACGCAGCCACACAUGAAAGCGUUCUUUUUCCUGGACCCACCGCAGCGCCUUGUUCUCGUGGCAUCAGAAACUCUAUAUCCAUGUGUCCUGUCACACUGAGGAGAAGCCCUGAAGGUCAGGGGCAUGGAGUUUUUCAUACAUCAAUCGGUUGAUCGAUUUAUUUGGCGGAACAGGUUACUUUACUGCAUAGAGAAGCUUCCGUGUUCAACCGUAUGGUUUCUUGUAAUAUUACCUAGAAAGAAGUUGACUCCACUUUGAGAAUUCCACAGGACGACUGCAUCCAUGUGAUUUUAAAGCUGUGCUAGUUUUUUAAAAUAGAAGCAUGUCAGCCUUCUUUGUGCACAUUUUGUGGGAGUUAGCCGAGUUGAAGCACUUACUAACUAACCAAGAAGACCACUAACCAAGAAAAAGAUAGAUAAAUUGCCUACAUACUUUACAUUGCGGUCACUGUUUAAUUUUUUUCACAUGUGCAUGGCAGAAAUGCAUAUUUGAAGUAUCAAACUUUAAGCUUAAAUUGUUUUGCAUUCCAGGUUAUAGGUAAGUGGCACAAAACUUUAGAUAUAGAGUGUGAAACAUUACAAUAUGCGUUGUUGUCUAUGCGCACUCAACAGCACCUCUAAGUGAAAUGCUACGAUAUGUUGAGUAAGAUUUCGGUUUUAAGAACCGAUAAGUGGCACUGUGAUGUAUGUGGAAGCAAAGUUGAAUUUGUAGUGUCAAUGCUUGCAUUUGGUUCUCAAGAAUUGUACCAGUGUUGUAUUUAAUGACCCCUGAUUACACUUCAGUGGCUUUUAAACCAUGGUCAUGUGGUCAUACUAUUUGCAUACUUCAUUUUACAGCCUUCCAACUUCUGUUUACAGGACAACCUCAUCAGUGAAGUUAAAGCAAAAUAUUUGAAAAUACUUCUUACUCUAUGGUUUACCAUAUUUUAUAGAGUAAUUCAUACCCUUGUUGAAAGAAUAAUAUUAAAGAAUAAACUUACUUGCUGCUCAUGAAACUGCAUGAAAGUUCCUAAAUCUGUUUUGCUUGUAUAACUGAAUCACUCAGAAAUUGAAUACGUGGUUAAUGAUGAUACCACAAGAUCAGGGCCUGUUUUCACAAAACUUACUUUAUGCAUUCUUUCAUUUGCCGAGCCUUUGGUUUCCGCUAAUCACAAUACUAAUCGGCAUGAAAACUAGACUGUUUUCCUGUUUAUGGUCCUUACAGAUAUCACAGUACUACUGCUAGAAAGUAAAGUUUAGCUCAGGGGCACUAUCUAAAUACAAGUCCCGUUCUAAAAGUUAGUAUUGUCACUUGUAUCACGUGGAACUGUUAUUGUAAAAAAAAAUACACCUUGGCAUCAUGAACUAUGUUACCGUACCGACUCGCCCAACUUUCUAUCCUGUUGAACUAUACACCUUGCACUAGUUUUCCACAUAGUUGCCACGGACAUUGAGACAUUUGUCGUAGCAGGCAAUAAGUUUGAAAAAACCACUCUGGUAAAACUCGGUGCCCAACGAUGCAAGCAAUUGUCACACAGCCUGCUCCACCUCAGCAUUGUUUUGGAAGUGCCGUCGCUAGAGCGCCAUUUCAGUGCACGUGACAGGUGUCCAUUCUUACGGGAUAAAAGCAUUGACUUGCUUGGCGCCCACAUUCUUAGUACACGUUUCUCUGCCAUUGUGAUUUGUGCUCGAAUACCCUCGGGCGCACUGAUCUGCUGCUUCUCUUUCUCUUCAGCACUGUACGCAUGUGUCUUACCUCCUCUGAUGAACCUCCUUCCGUCAUUGAUCUGGCUACGGGCAUGGAUUCUUAUGGCAGUUGUUUGUUUAACCUGGUGUAUCAUGUUCUAUUUCAAAAAAAUUAUGAAACUUACUUUCAGAAUGUCCCUCGUACAUAGGAAUGAAAAAAUCAAAUAUUUUCGUAACCACUGCACUGAAUUUGAUGAGAUUUGUUGUCUUUCAAAGAAAAAGUUGAAAUGUAGUGAUUACAGUAUGUGGAAUUUUACAUUGAAUCUAUUAGUGUGACUAAAAUUGCUCAAAAAAGUUGUAGGUCUGUUUCCAGUUUUUUUUUUGGAUAAACUAAACUCGGUGAAGUUUAUAUUUUAAGGAACUUAUUGGUAUGUUAGGGGUAAUAUGGAGGCAAAUUUUGAAUGGUCAGUUAUGGGCUAAAUAAUACUUCAUAGACCUUUGAUUCUUCUCCAUUUAGAAGCAUUAUGUCAAACACAAAGUUUUCCUGUUUCCAUGGGUAGACCAAAAACGAGAGUGAUUUCAUAUUUGAGCGAAUAAGGGCCACUGUCUGCUUACGGUGUACUGAAAGUUUGAAUCUUGCAGGUUGAUGGCAUGUUUUGAAUAUGGUUAAUGAAUGCUUGUAUCCUACAGGUUUUUUUUUGUUAUGCAGAGCAUGUAGGUGCAUUUUCCGGGUCUCGUCGAACUGUGUGAGGCACAUUGUUUGCAUUGAAGUAAGGUAAAAAGUAUGUGGGUGGCGAACGAUAAUUUUUUCAUAUGUGUAGGUUACUUAUAGCCUUUUUGGAAAGUUAUGUACUUAUGUGCUUACUUAAGUGUUUACGUGUUUACUUAAUUUUACUUUGUUUUCUCACCAUAAUUUGAUGUUCCUUGCGCAAAUGGUUUUGUUCUAGGUUAGCGCAGAUUCACUUGUACAGCAUAAAAUUUUUUCUGCUUAUGCUUUUCAUUGUUUCAAGCAGUAUCUGCUGGUAUGUGUAUGCUUUUAACAAGCAUUUUUCCUUGUAUAAAGUGACCAAGCUACCUUGAUAUUGUGUAACACCCAUUUUAAAUCUAUAUGUAUCUUCAGCGUUUAGGAUGUGUCGUUGUAUUGCUCUUAUUGGUUUCUUUUUGUUUGUUUUCCUGUUUUUCCGCUUGUGUUCUUUUUAUUGUAGCAUGCAUUAUCUGUUUAAAUGCGUAUACUGUAUCUAUCACUAAUCUAUUGUAACACCCCUAUGUAAUGCCUGCAUGGGCCUUUAGGGUACUUGAAUAAAAAAGAAGUGUUCCAAA